AUGCGUGCCUCGCUGGUAGCGCCAAUUUUAGACCAGUUUCAGGAUAUCGUCAUGGAACUAUGGGAUAUCCGGGAAUGUGUGGCACCUUUCAGCAUGGACAACUCGUCCGUGUGUGCGGCUAGCAAGGGCUUGUGUAUUGGCGGCAUGGGAGGUGCUUUGGUUAAGGAAAUUGGCCAAGGAGACGUGGACGAUGUCCUCAUUGGUAUUGUGAAUCAGGAGGCUAACUGCGACGAUAAAGGAAAACCUACUGUGCUUUCGCGUGUGUCGACUGCUGUUGAAUGGAUCAAGUCUGAAUGUUCCGUGACUGGAAUCCACUAA